AUGAGGGCCAGCGGGCCCAACGUGUCCGGGCCGGGCCGGCCGCAGCUGGGGGUGGAUUACCAGCACGUGCGCCUGCCCUUCGAGAUCGCCCUCUGGAUCCUCCUCGCCUCGCUGGCCAAGAUCGGUUUCCACCUCUCCAGCCGGCUGCCCGCCGUGGUGCCCGAGAGCUGCCUGCUGAUCGCGGUGGGGCUGGUGACCGGGGGCAUCAUCUUUGGGCUGAACGACAAGUCGCCCCCGGUCAUGGACAGUGACAUCUUCUUCCUCUACCUGCUGCCGCCCAUCGUGCUGGACGCGGGCUACUUCCUGCCCAGCCGGCCGUUCUUCGAGAACCUGGGGGCCAUCCUGCUGUACGCGGUGGCCGGCACCCUGUGGAACGCGCUGGGCGUGGGCCUGUCCUUGCACGCCGUCUGCCGCGUGCCCGCCUUCGGCCUGCGCGACGUCCCGCUGCUCCACAACCUGUGGUUCGGCAGCCUGAUCGCCGCCGUGGACCCUGUGGCCGUCCUGUCCGUCUUCGAGGAGAUCCACGUCAACGAGAAGUUGCACGUCCUCGUGUUCGGGGAAUCCCUGCUCAACGACGCCGUCACCGUGGUGCUGUACAAGCUCUUCAAGUCCUUCAGCGAGAGGCCGUCCGUCCGCGUGGGGGACGUGGUGGCCGGGGCCGGCCUGUUCCUCCUGGUGGGAAUCGGCGGGGUUGUGGUGGGCCUGCUGUUUGGGGUGACGGCCGCCUUCACCACGCGCUUCACGGAGCCCAUCCGGGUCAUCGAGCCGCUCUUCGUCUUCCUGUACAGCUACCUCUCCUACCUCACCGCCGAGAUGUUCCAUCUCUCCGGGAUCGUGGCGAUCAUCUCCUGCGCCAUGAGCAUGAAGAGCUACGUAGAGGCCAACAUCUCCCAGAAGUCCCACACCACAGUCAAGUACUUCCUGAAGAUGUGGAGCAACGUGAGCGAGACCCUCAUCUUCAUCUUCCUCGGCGUCUCCACCGUCGGGGACAACCACGAGUGGAGCUGGCCGUACAUCGGAUUCACUGUCCUCUUCUGCCUUAUCUGGAGAGCGCUCGGAGUCCUGGUGCUGACCUUCUUCGUGAACAAGUUCCAUGUGAACACGGUGACCCCGAAGGACCAGUUCAUCAUCGCCUAUGGGGGGCUGCGGGGGGCCAUCUGCUUCUCCCUCGUCUUCCUGCUCCCCAAUUUCCGCCACAAGAAGCUCUUCAUUGCAGCCACCACAGUGGUGAUUCUCUUCACCGUCUUUGUGCAGGGAAUGACCAUCCGCCCCCUCGUUGACUUGUUGGACGUCACACGAAGAAGAGACACCUCUCCCACGGUCAGCGAGCAGAUUCACAUGCGGUUCUUGGACCACUUGCUGGCCGGCAUCGAGGACAUUUCGGGACACUGGGGCCAGUACUACUGGAAGGACAAGUUGGAGUCUUUCAACAGCAGGUAUCUGCAGAGGGUACUGCUGAGAGACUGGGGACAGCCAAGGUCCAGCAUCGUGCUGCUGUACGAGAAGCUGGAGCGGAAGCACGCCAUCGAGCUGGCCGAAUCGGGCCGGCUGCUGCACUCGUACCCCGGUGCCUCUCCGAUUCCGCAGGAGGCCCCGGCGGCCCCUCCUGCGAUGGCCCUGAACCCUGCCCUGAUGGCAGACGUCCAGAAGAUUCUGGCCACCGGCCUCUACAAGAUCCGGAGAAUGGAGCCGGCCUACAACCGGCACACGCUUCCAGGGGUAACAGGGGCGGCGCAGCAGGCCACCGAGAUCCUGAUCCGCCGGCACAAGAGCCUUCGCCCCAGCAUCUCACACAGCGACUCAGACCCCUCUCAGAGUGAGAAUGACCCUCACUGGACACCUCAUGCUGCUUCUGGUCGCCAGGGCCAACGGUGCCAGUCUCUCACAGUGGGAGACCCGCAGGCCACCCGGAGCCUCCAGUGCGGUCGUUCCAAGUCCACCUGCCUGGCCCUCCCGCCGCUACCGCCCAGCCGCGUCCAGUGGGUCAGCGAAGACGACAACGACGACGACGAUGAUAAAAGAGUCUAGUGCUCACCUCUCUCCACCCCGUCCUGGCCCUGCUGCUGCCCCAUCCCUGCCCUCUUCCCCCACAUCUCCGUGUUGCCCCUGUGCCCUCCCCACUGCCAUGGAGGAACUCCCUGGGCACCAGACCGUUACCACCCGGGGCAACGGUCUCAGCAGAACCACGGAUCAGAGUCGGGCUGUGGGAUGGCCCCAUCUGUGGGGGGUCAAAGACAGGAAGACACUUCCCCCCAGCAGACUAGGAUAAGCUCGCCGUGGCUUGAGCUCCAUUUUGCCUCUGGUCAGACUCCGUCAAUCCAUCCGUCUGAUGGAUUGCGUGCAUUCAUUCAUUCAAUCGUAUUUCUUGAGCGCUUACUGUGUGCAGAGCACUGUACUAAGCGAGAGUCCUGGACUGAGCGUUUGGAGGAAUACAAUAGAACACAUAGACAAGACCGAUCCUUUCCCUCAAGGAGCUUUCAUUCAUUCAUUCAUUCAUAUUUAUUGAGC